GGAGCCCCAGCCCGACCCAGCGGCCUUCCUGGGUUCGAGCCCCCGGGGGGAGCCUGCGGCACCGCGGGCUGCUGGGGGGCCCGCUCGGAAGUCCCCCCCGCUUCCCGGGGCCCCCGCCUGAUGCGGCCUGGGGGUCGGGGAGCUGCUUGGCCGCCACCCCAGCAAUGCGCAGAAGCUUCCUGGACCCCAGAAAAAGUUGGGAGUUAGUAGAGGGUGGUGAGAUGAACCGUGCUGAUACAGAGGCAACUUCAUCGGAGCUGCUAAGAUGGGCAUGCGGAUCAAACUGCAAAGCACCAACCACCCCAACAACCUGCUGAAGGAACUCAACAAGUGUCGGCUCUCCGAGACCAUGUGCGAUGUCACCAUUGUGGUGGGGAGCCGCUCCUUCCCGGCACACAAAGCCGUGCUGGCCUGUGCGGCCGGCUACUUCCAGAACCUCUUCCUCAAUACGGGGCUCGAUGCUGCCAGGACCUAUGUGGUAGACUUCAUCACGCCCGCCAACUUUGAGAAGAUCCUGAGCUUCGUCUACACGUCAGAGCUCUUCACAGACCUGAUCAACGUUGGGGUCAUCUACGAGGUCGCCGAGCGCCUGGGUAUGGAGGACCUGCUCCGGGCCUGUCACUCCACCUUUCCUGACUUGGAGAGCACUGCCGUGGCCAAGCCCCUGAGCGGCACCUGUGAGAGCCACCCCGGUACCCAGAGCUGUAGCUCAGCAGAACCCGCCUAUCCCCUCGGAGACCUCCGGGGUGCGGGGGAGCACUUUGGGCCUGAUAGGAACUAUGUGUUGCCCAGUGAUGGUGGGGGAAGCUGUAAAGAGGAAGAGAGAAAUGUCACCGGUGACAUUAACCAGAGCCUGCCUCUGCCACAGCAGCCACUGCCGCCAAAGACGGAAGAGCACGACGCGCCUGCCCCCUUCAUCCCCGCUCCUGGUGUGGUGACUACACAGCCGGUCCUGGGCACUGUCAACAUGAGCAUCCAAACCAGCACGAGCUCCUGCCAGCCAUACAAAGUUCAGAGCAACGGAGACUUCAGUAAAAGCAGUUUCUUCACCCCGGACAACGCGAUCGACAUUACCACCGGGACCAACUCCUGUCUGAGCAAUAGUGACCACUCCAAAGACCCCAGCUUUGGGCAGAUGGAUGAGCUCCAGCUGGACGACCUGGGGGAUGAUGACUUGCAGUUUGAAGACCCCACUGAGGAGAUAGGCACAGCCGAGGAGGUGAUUGAGUUGAGUGACGACAGUGAGGAUGAGCUGACUUUUGGAGAGAAUGACAACCGAGAGAAUAAGGCCAUGCCCUGCCAGGUGUGCAAGAAAGUUCUAGAGCCCAACAUUCAGCUGAUCCGACAGCAUGCUCGGGACCACGUGGACCUGCUGACCGGCAACUGCAAGGUCUGCGAGACCCACUUCCAGGACCGGAACUCCCGGGUGACCCAUGUUCUGUCCCAUAUUGGCAUUUUCCUCUUCUCCUGCGACAUGUGUGAAACUAAGUUCUUUACCCAGUGGCAGCUGACCCUCCACCGACGGGAUGGGAUAUUUGAGAACAACAUCAUCGUCCACCCCAACGAUCCCCUGUCUGGGAAGCUGGGUUUGUUUUCGGGGGCGGCCUCGGCAGAGUUGAAAUGUGCUGCUUGUGGGAAGGCGCUGGCCAAAGAUUUCCACGUGGUGCGGGGGCACGUCCUUGACCAUCUGAACCUGAAGGGCCAGGCCUGCAGCGUCUGCGACCAGCGACACCUCAACCUCUGCAGCCUCAUGUGGCACACGCUGUCCCAUCUGGGCAUCUCAGUCUUCUCCUGCUCUGUGUGUGCAAACAGCUUUGUGGACUGGCAUCUCCUAGAGAAGCACAUGGCCGUGCACCAAAGCCUCGAAGACGCCCUCUUCCGCUGCCACUUGUGCAGCCAGAGCUUCAAGUCGGAGGCCGCCUAUCGCUACCAUCUCAGCCAGCACAAAUGCAACAGUGGCCUUGACGCGCGGCCCGGUUUGGGGCUACAGCACCCAGCUCUCCAGAAGCGGAAGCUGCCAGCAGAGGAGUUCCUGAGUGAGGAGCUGGCUCUGCAGGGCCAGCCUGGGAACAGCAAGUAUAGCUGCAAGGUCUGUGGCAAAAGGUUUGCCCACACAAGCGAGUUCAACUACCACCGGCGGAUCCACACGGGCGAGAAGCCGUACCAGUGUAAGGUGUGCCACAAGUUCUUCCGAGGCCGCUCGACCAUCAAGUGCCACCUGAAGACACACUCGGGGGCCCUCAUGUACCGCUGCACUGUCUGCGGCCACUACAGCUCCACCCUGAACCUCAUGAGCAAGCAUGUGGGCGUGCACAAGGGCAGUCUCCCGCCCGACUUCACCAUCGAGCAGACCUUCAUGUACAUUAUCCAUUCCAAAGAGGCGGAAAAGAACCCGGACAGCUGACUGGGUCCCAGCAGGGCUGGGGGGAGCUCCCAGGCGGCAGCCAGGACGUAGGUUUUCUAAUGGAUGUUGGUCCCCCUCCAGCUGAAGUUUCGAUUUUGCCUUGCUAGGAGUUCUGUUCUGUCUUGUGUUGAAAGAAGAAAAAAGAAGAAAGAGCACACGAGCUGUUACUGUUUUUUGAGAAGCAACGGCCCUAUCAUGUUUACCUCCUUAUCUGUUCUUGCCCACGAAGGGCCGUGUUUUUUAUUCUUUGGAGGAUGGUUUUGGGAUCUGGUCAGGCAGUUGGUGUCAACUGGAUCCCCUCUCCGAGCCUCUCAAGUUUUAGUUUACUGAUAGGUUUUAUGCUGCUAAGAAUCCAACCAACAGCCUCACUGAAUAGAGGAAGGUGGAGAGAGGUUUUCACUGUGGGUAUUCUCGCCAGAUUUCCAACUGGGACCCCCAGCUAUGAGAGAUUUUGGGAAUGUGGUCGUUGAGAAGAGACUCGUCAGCAGGGCAGCUUGCCUCCAGGUUUAGGCCUCGCCCUCAGCAGGGGAAGGGUGGGUGGGCCGGAGGUGCCUGCUCCCAUCUGCUGACGGGAUGCUAAAAUCUUUUGGCAGCUAGAUCCAAACUGGGGACAGAGCUUUCUGUUUAGGUCAGAAAGCUUCAGGAUGAAUCCUUGCCAGUCAGAAGAGGUGUCCUGUGGCGCCGCCAGAAGUGGCAGCCUGCUGGGACAGGAAGGGAGGUGUCUCUUUUCUCCUCAAUUCCAAAGAAAUUUGAUUUUAUGGAGCUAUAGCCCAGGCUGUCAAGCCUUCCCUGUGUGGCCGAGAGGACAGGGAGCCCCUUUGAUACGUCAUCUGCCAUCUGGCUACCUCCGUCGACCUUGAGUUUCCUGGUGGAGAGGAGGGGAUGUCUCUCCACAGCAGCAGCCUUGCCUUAACCGACAUCCAGUCUCCCACCUAGAAGUGUGUUUGACCUGUGGUGUAGACGAGAAGCCCCGUGAGGUGGAGGAGUGAUGGACUGUGAGGCCUUCGGGGUGGGAGGGACCUGAGUAACUGGCGGUGUGUAGCGGGAUGUGCGUUCCGGUUCCAUCUGUCCCAGGGUAACCUGUUUACGUUGUGCUAACUGGCCGCAGCUUUGGCAGCUCACCUUUGACCUGCUGGAAUUUAUCCUGAUCUGUCAUUGCAUCGCCACCAGGGGGCGCCACAGGAUGGCAGCUGGUUCGGGUCCACCCGAGGUGGCUAGGGUGGAGUGGGCCCAGUCCUUGGGGCUGGUGAGCUCCAUUCCCGCCCCAAGAAAGCCUGAGGGAGAGGCCCUCGGAUCUCGCAUAUUCACAAGGUAGCACCUCAGUAACUCAUUCUACCUCACGCUGCCCCAGGGAGCUCUGAGUCCCUGGCCUAGGCCCUGACACUGCCCCUGGUGGGACUCAGCAGCACCCUGGGCUGUUUCACAAGCAAGUGGUUUUAAUUAACUCACAAAGCCUUUUUGGACAUUGAUAUUUAUUUAUUUUUGCUUUUAUAUACAUGUUACCCAGCAUCUCUUUCAGAUAAGUGACUUCAGGAAAAGGAGUUUGUCCCCAGCAAGUAGCCAUAUUCCUGGGGACAGUCCUGGCCAGAGAUUUGGGAGAUGGGGGCUAGAACUGGGGGGGGGGGGGCGGUGUCAUGCCUUUAAAUAAGCAAAUCCUCUACUUUCUCUCCAGAUAGUCUCUUGAAGAAUAAGCCCAACGAAGCCCGUAGGUAAUGGCUGUGAGUCCUAGACCCUUGGGGCCGAUUGACUUCCUAGGCCCUUCCUCCCUGCGAUGGAGUAGAUUGGGGUUUGGGUUGAGGGGAACAAGUUAACCGAAGGACCUUUUUUGCACAUUUGCCUCAUCCUUCCUAAACUUGGGAAGCUCUGUUGAGAUACACAGGCAAGCCAGAGCUCCGUCCCGGUCGGACUGGCUGCCUUCCUCCUGGCCCUAAGUCGGGAAGCCUCCCAUCUGGGGUGCGUGGCUCUCUGGUGACUGGUACACAAAGGGAUUUGUACGAGUGGCCACCUUUCGCCAUCUACACCCUAUUCUUGGCAGGAAAGCAGUGCUGAGCCCUUUCAUUCCUGACGGGCUUCUCCCUUUCUUGCCCACACUGACCGUUGGGAAUUUAAGAAGGAGAACGUGCAAGGGACCACAGUCCAGUAUCUGCUAAGCUUCUCGAGUCUAAGUGAUUCUUCCCAGACCGUCGAUGAGGACCAAUUUUUCAGUGGUCAGGUUGGAGAGAGGCGGUACUUACUGGAACCCAGCCAGGUGGCUGCGAGUGCGUCCGCAUGCCAGAGAAACCCUUUUCCUUAGCAGGAGGCAUCGUGGAUGCUGGGUAGUCUGUGUACUUAAUCCGAAACUGUGAAGUUUUCCCUUUUUGCCAGUAAACCAAAAAAGCAAAUCCUUGAACCUUUGCCCCUGAAACACUAAACAAACAAACAAAAAAACUGCACCCCCUGAGCCUCCUGAGGCCACGUGGUUGGUUGAUCAGGGUGGCCUGGCUGGUUGCAAUCAGACAUGUAGCAGGUCAGUAGCUCAUCAGGCUCAUUGACCGAACCCCGUUCCUCUGCUUGUCCCCCUGUUCGCCCCCGACCCCUCCCUCUGCUUGGGGUCCAUGUUUGCUGCCUCUGCCUCCAGCUCACCCUUUUGUCAACUGUUUUACUUGAAACUCGGUAUUGUGGCAAAGGGCACUCUGGGGAUACCUGGUCGAAGGUGUUCGUUAUAUCUUGGGUUUUUAACAUUUUUGUCAACCCCCUGUUGUGGGGCCCCCUGUGCCUCGGGAGCCCGGUUUAGCAGCCUGCUGUGUCGUUCUGAGGUUCUGUCCACCCCCUGAAUGUCUCGUCUUCUCCCUGUUUCCUCUUUCCUGUUCUGCACUCAGGACCAGCUACAUAAUUUGCAGAGCCCUCUGUUGAAAAAUGAAGAAUUUCAAGGUGGCGACUGUAGAGCAUUAAAGCAAGCACGAGGCUAUUCCCAACCCGUUUCUUAAGGGCAGAAGGUGAUACUCAUGUGGCGCAAUUGGAUCAACAGCAGAGGCUGCCUGUGGCCACGGGAGGGGACCCGUCUCCCGCUUCUCCUGUGACCCCUUGGUGGCUCGCUGAUGCCACCGUGCCCCCCGGGAAGCUCUGCUGUAUUUUAGUAUUUGGUUCUAUGUUUUAAGACCGAGGGGGUCUCUAUAGUUCACAGCCAGGUGGAGAGAGAGGAGGUGCGGGUUGGGCCCCGGUGACCCUUAAGAACCAGGAAAUGGGUAAAAGUUCUUUUGGACCUUCUUCCCUUCUGCCCCAUCAGCACCCCUUUGUCUCCAGGACAGACCUCUGGGCUUAACUACCUUCUCCCCAGUCAGGUUUUGCUACUGAUGAAUCUUCUUCGUUUUCUGGCCUCUUGCCGUGCCCUAUCCCUGAGACUACUCAACGUUGGAAGUGAGUUGAAAUCCUUUUCUAGGUGGACACUGAUUUUGUUGGCGUGGGAGUGGGCUGUGCAGAGAAGUCUGUGCCAUCUGGAGGCCCCCACGUGUCCUUUUGCCUCAGCCCCGCACGGAGAGCCGGGACGUGCAGGGCACGCACACCGUUGGUGAUCACUCUUCAUAAAACUUAACAUCAGAAUGAAAAUGAAACUGUUUUGAUUUCGAUGUUUCUUUAACACCCUGCGCCUGUCCAGUCCACCCCCCUUCCCACCUCCACUAGCGAAAGUCUCUUAUAAAACCAAGAGUUGUUGACGUCUAACUUCCUUCCAUUAAAUUAAUAAGUACUGACCUCCUAAUAUUUAAGUGUUUACUAUCUAUUGCUGUAAAGUUUUGUAUAUUUUGUAAACUUCUCUUCCCAAAUAGUAGAUGUCUAAAAUCGUUGUACAUCUGAUUCUUUUAUAUUCCAUUGUUUGGCACAAAGUGUGGUUUUUAUUUAGAAUAAAAAAAGGAAAUUUGAAA